ACUUUGCCGCUCGCCGUCGUUUCGUCCCCCGUCGCGGUGCCAUGGACGCCCAAAACGCCAUGGAUUCCGACGAUCCCUCGACUUUGAAGGAGAUGCGCACUCAACUAGAGGAGGCCAUUCAAGCCCGUCGCCUCUCCCAGCACUCCCUCAUCGCUUCCCUCCAAAACCUCGUCCCCGACCUCGUCUCCUCCCUUGACCUCUCUCUCCGUCUCAUAUCCGCCAUCAACCAUCGUCCCUUCUCCCCCACCCCCUCCCCUUCUGAUCCCCAACCCCUCACCCCUCGCCGCCGCCCCCAUCCCGACAUUCACCCCCUCUCCCGCUCCCGCCCCAAACUCUCAUCAUCUGAGGCCCAUUCUCAAUCUCCCACCUCCCCUUCCUCGGAUCGCUUAGCCCUUGUCCGGUCCGCCGUCGCCGUCUGCCUCCUUGAUCUCGUUCCCUUCGUCGAGCUCGACUCUGCUGCCCUACUCCGCCGCUUGGAGAGCGGUAACUCUUCCGUGUCGGCCACGGAUUUGGCGGCGAUAGCAGAGCUGGGUGGCGAUCUCGGCCCUGUUUCCGCGGUGGAGUCUGCGCUCCGUUGCAUUGCGUCUGAGACCGGCGCCGUUCAGCUUGAGGAGUUUUCGCUUAGUGGGAAGUCGAUGCUUAUGGUGUGGAGCAUUGAUCGCCAUAAGCUAGCUAAGGAACUCCCUGAGAACCUGCAACACCCGCCUACGCCGGCCCCGUCGAGUACGGUUCAAGAAACAGUGAACCUUAAUGAGGGGAGCAAUCAUAGCCAGGCUUCACCGAUGGUGCCGCGGGGGCCCCCGGUUCCGCCUGAGAUGUGGAUGAGGACACCGGAUCAUCAAAUGGCGGGUUUAUCACCCAUGUUUCCUGGCGGUGGCGCUGCCGCGAGAGGGAUGGGCUUGAUGGGGCCUAGGACGAUGUUUUCACCGCACGCCCGGACCCUCAUGGGGCCUGCGGCACCGAUGGGCGGCCCUAGCCCGGUUCAGCCGAAGAUGAAGUCGGACGAUGAGGAGUUGAAGGAUCUUGAGAUGCUGUUGAGUAAGAAGACGUUUAGAGAGUUGCAGAAGUCAAAGACUGGUGAGGAACUUCUCGAUCUCAUUCACCGGCCAACAGCGAGGGAAACCGCAGUUCAUGCAAAGUUUAAAACAAAGGGCGGAUCUCAGCUGAAGAUGUACUGUUUACAUUUAACCAAGGAAGAUUGUCGGCGCCAAAAUGGUUCUUUUAUUGCAUGUGAUAAGGUCCACUACAAGCGCAUAAUUGCUCCUCACACUGACACUAACUUAGGCGAUUGCUCUUUCCUAGAUACUUGUCGCCAUACAAAGACAUGCAAAUAUGUUCAUUAUGAAUAUGACCCGACACCAGAUUUACCCCCAAUGAUGAUGGGAGCUGGUAAUCUGCCUCCAAAGCCAAUAAAGCCUCAACGCGCUGAGUACUGUUCAGAAGUUGAGCUUGGUGAACCUCAAUGGAUCAACUGUGACAUCCGUAACUUUAGAAUGGAUAUAUUGGGACAAUUUGGAGUCAUCAUGGCUGAUCCACCAUGGGACAUACAUAUGGAGUUGCCUUAUGGAACAAUGGCUGAUGAUGAAAUGAGGAACCUCAAUGUACCAGCAUUGCAGACUGACGGUCUGAUUUUUCUCUGGGUCACUGGUCGUGCAAUGGAACUCGGACGUGAAUGCUUGGAGCUCUGGGGUUACAAACGUGUUGAAGAGAUUAUUUGGGUGAAGACUAAUCAGCUUCAAAGAAUUAUUAGAACUGGGCGGACAGGUCACUGGCUCAAUCAUAGUAAAGAGCACUGUCUUGUUGGUAUAAAAGGGAAUCCAGAGGUAAACCGCAACAUUGACACAGAUGUCAUUGUUGCUGAAGUUCGUGAGACAAGCCGAAAACCAGAUGAGAUGUACCCACUGCUUGAGAGGAUAAGCCCCAGGACAAGAAAACUUGAAUUAUUUGCACGGAUGCACAAUACACAUGCAGGGUGGCUUUCACUAGGAAACCAGUUGAAUGGAGUGAGAUUAGUAGAUGAUGGCCUAAGAGCAAGGUUCAAGGCUGCCUAUCCAGAUGUAGAAGUACAACCAGCUUCACCUCCAAGGGCAACAUCUACCAUGGAUACAGACUUGAAUCAUUCCCAGAUCAGGAGCCCCUUCGUGGCCGCAGACACAAAGGAACAACAAUCACAAUCUGGGGAACCGACACCAUCAAACGAUCUUGAAAAUGUCAGUUAAGAGUCCACUAAUCUUACAGUGAAUGUGUAAUUGUUGCAGGGGAGUUUCUCAACAUCCUCAUUUAUAUGUAUCAGGAAACCGUCUUACAUUCAAACAAAAACUAUCCUUCAAUC